AUGGACGCCUCAAAGGACCAAGGACCGGCGCUGGACCGCCAAUCGACGACUGCAACGACUGAUGACGCAGUAACAACCGCACGAGAAAGCGUUCGAAAUGCUGAGCAGACGCAUGGAAGAAAGCAUGUGGAGACACACAAAGCAAAAAUCAACCUUGCACAGUGUCUCCAGGCUCAUGGCGACUUCGAAGAGGCCUUGUCUCUGUCACGGACUGUUUUGCGCAAGGCCCAGGACACAUUCGGUCCCCGCAAUCCUGAGACCUUCUCCGCAAUGCAUCAUCUGACUGUUCUGCUGGCAGAGCAGAGGCAGACUGCCGAAUUUGAGACGACUGCGAAGACGCUUAUAAAGGAUGGGGCCGACGCUCUCGGCGAUGAUCAUCCAAUUGUCAUCAAGGCAACGGCAGCCCUGGGUCUCAUGCUACGGCGUCAGAGCCGGUUGGAAGAGGCGGAGCAGUUCAUGAGGGACGCAUUCGAAAAGUCCGAAAGAUCUUACGGCUCUAAUGACGAACGGACUCUUGAGAGUAUUGAUGAGCUUGCAAGGACACUCUUGCUUCGUGCGAAGAUGGAGGACUCUGAGCCGGCAGUGGAAGAAGCAGAGUUGAUGAUGGAAGAAGCGCUGGACGCGAGCGAGAGGCUGCUUGGCGUUGAUAAUGCCGAGACAAACUGGAGACGAGCCGGACUGGCCUCUACGCGGCUUUUCAUGGGCAAAAAUGAUGAGGCGGAGGAGUUGAUGGAGGGGGCGCUCCGAAGAUACCGGGAAUCGCUGGGCGAAUACCAUCCAGACACGAUAUGGGCCGAGGCGUUCCUCGCAAACACAGAUUCCGAGAUCCGGGAUGUUGUGAAGAAGAGCGCAAAGGCUCUUCACGAUGCGCUGCCGAGAGUGAACGUCAUGAUAACUUCGCUCAUCGACAAUUUUGUAGAUCAGGGCCGCUUCAAAGAAGCGGAAAUGUUGGCGCGGGCCAUGCUCGAAAGCAGUCUUCGUGCUCACGGAGACGACCAUUCCGACACCAUCGACCAACGAGAGAAACUGGCAGCCUUGCACCGGCGCAUGGGCGACCUAGAUGGAUCGAGCCGGCAACGCAGAAUGGCUUUGCAAAGUCGCCAGCGAGUCUUUGGCCAUACUCACACGGGAACGAUCGAGGCGGUGGACUUGUUCGCCAACGUGCUCAAGGACCAAGGAAAGUGGGAAGCCGCAGAGGCCGUCUGCUGGGAUUUCUUUGCCGUCUAUCCGACGCCUGACCAGCCAAACCAUUUUGCUCUCGCGCUGAUGACGACACAUGCCGUCAUCUUGAAACAGUUGCAGAAAUAUGAAUUGGCGGAAAAGAUCAUGUCCGAAGUUCUGCGGUAUAGGAAAACAAUGAACGGGAGCGAUCACAAUCUUACCGUCUGGGCGGUGGCCUGGCUGGGCGGUCUGUAUCUCGAGCAAGGCGCCUUAUCGCAAGCAGAGCCUUUGAUCCGGGAAACGUAUGACAGUAAGAAGCGUGUGCUCGGUGAUGAGCAUGUCGGUACUCUCAUCGAGGGCAGGAGGCUGGUUGAAACCAUGAGUGGUCGGGCCAUAGCCGGCGAGGACGUCGCAUUUGUCGGUGAUCUUUAUGAAAAGGUGGUUCGGAUAUUUGGCCAAGAGCAUGAAGAGGCAAUUCUUCUUGGGCAGCAACUCGCUAUCCUCUUGAACAAGCAAGGCAAGUUUGAUGAAGCUGACGCGCUCAUUGCGGCGGUCGUUGAGCGUCGUCAAUCUGUCUCUGGCGACCACAAUCUAGCCACUUUAUGGGUCAUCGGGUGUCAGUUAGGCAUGCUUCAAGAGCAUCGGAAAUACGACGAGGCAGAGCCCAUAGCUGAGGGGCUCUUGGCGGCGACGCGGAAGAUUGCCGGUGAGGACCACCUCACCUCCAUUCGUGCCCAGAACACGCUCGCCAUUGUGAAACUAGGCCAGAAGGCUCUAGAUGAUGCAGAAGCUCUAGCAAGAGGCUCAUUGGAACGCACUCUGCGGGUAUAUGGCAAGGGGGCUCGGGAAACUACCGAGUCGGCGUCUACACUUGCCACCGCGCUCGCCGGCCAAGGCAAGUUUGACGAGGCGGAGACGUUGCUGAGCACAAGCUACCGUAUGGGUAGGCGCCGCCGAGGGGGGGAGGAUGGAGAUACAGUCGAACUGAUGGAAAAUCUUGUGCAUGUUUUGAAGAAAGCUGGGAAACAUGAGGAGGCAAUGAAAUGGGCGAGGAAGCUAUACGAAGCUUGUCAGCAAACAUUAGGCGAUGACGACCGUGUGACUCUCAGAGCACGGGAAGAGGUUGAAUGUCUGCGAGGUGAAAAGCGACCGGGUGACGAGACAGGUAUCAUGGUGCAGCAAGCUGGUGAUGACACCGCGAGGGUGUUUGGAAAUGACCACUCUAAUGCGGUGCAGGUGGUGAAGCUAUUGGACCCUCCUGCAGUAUUAGCCAGAACGGCCGCUGCUGGGGAAUUUCCAAACGAAGAGAAGGAAGAUCUGAAGGGAGAGUGUCCUGAUCUGAUGGGGAUACAGAAACUACACGUCGAUUUGGCAUUAUCGGAUUCUAAGACUUGA